AUGCACCAAUACCAAAUGUUGAUUGGGAAUUGGGCUUUGAUUAAUCAAGACUCAAUACUGGCAAUACCAAUACCCAAUACCAGUAUUGACUCAUGUAGGCAUACAUAAACUGUACGUAUGUAAGUUCCUCGAUCAGGUGAACCAUGGAAUGAGUAUAUUUGACAGAUGUCUGUGAGCUAAUACUGGUAUUGGGUAUUGGUAUUGCCAGUAUUGAGUCUUAAUUAACCAAAACCCAAUGCCCAAUCAACACCAAAACGUCCAAGACCAAAAUCAUCAAUAUCAAUACUUCAAUACUCAAUACCCAAAUACUCAAUACUGAUAUUGGUUUUGGUGCAUGCCUA